AUGGAGGCUGUGGUGAGAGCGAAGAAGUCGCUGAGGAGGCCCAUCAGGAGGCUGACCAGCUGUGUGUCGGGGGUGAAGGAGAGGAAGUUAUGUGCCAAACGCAGGAACGUGAUGGGAAGAGGAGGGGGAGGAAGAGGAGCGUGCAACAGGUCGGGGAGGACCCCUCCUCUCCGCGCCGCCGCACACCCCAAAGACCCGGCAGUCAUCCGCUCGUACCAGGCAGACCUGGAGAAGGAGAGGCAACUGCGGGAAGCAAUGAACGCUCAGAAGAAUGCAGAGAGAGCAGCUAUGAGGGCGCACUUCAGGAGGAAAUAUCAGCUGUCUGAGAGCCCCAAGGACACGAGCCACCUGAGGUCCGUUGGAGGGAAGGUGUCGCUCCCCCAUGAGCUGUCGAAGAUCAUUCAUCCCGAAACCAAAAGCAAGGACGGCGGCUUCCACCUACUGAGCGCCUUCCAAGGCCUCAGCUUCGGCACAGCGGCGCUUGCGGGGAGGAGACACAGCAAGGCGACCACUUCAACACCAGCAAGGGGGGACGUUUGUAAAGUCAUGUGA